GCCGCUUCUGUUGUGACUCGGGCAGCCUAUCCCGAGGGUGGGGAGCUGCUGAGGAGCCUGAGCCGAGCGGUACUCCGCAGCAUCACGUGCCGGGGUGGGGGCUAUAAAAUCCCGGAGCCGGGGCGCCGGGCGGGGGAUGUGAGGACCAGCCCUCUCCAGGGACCCCUUUGUUCGCAGCCCAGACGCCGAACACCUCCGCGUCCCCGAGGGCUCCACCGCCCGCUUCCGCGCCGCGCCCGGGGCAGAGCUCAGAACAGGAGAGGGGAGGGGGCGCCACCGCUGGCCCGGCCCUCCUGCCACCCACCCCUCCCGACAUGUCGCGCUCCUUCUAUGUCGACUCGCUCAUCAUCAAGGACUCCUCGCGGCCCGCGCCCUCGCUGCCUGAGCCGCACCCCGGGCCAGAUUUCUUCAUCCCGCUGGGCAUGCCGUCCCCGCUGGUGAUGUCGGUGUCUGGGCCCGCCUGCCCGUCCCGCAAGAGUGGCGCGUUCUGCGUUUGCCCACUCUGCGUCACUUCGCACCUGCACUCCUCUCGCGGGCCCGCCGGCUCCGGCGGCGGGGGUGCAGGCACCGGGAGUGCAGGGGCCGGGGGUAGUGGGGCGCCGGGGGGCGCCGGGGCCCUGCCCCUCCUCAAGGGUCAGUUCUCUUCGGGUCCCGGGGACGCGCAGUUUUGCCCACGCGUGAGCCACGCGCACCAUCAUCACCACCCGCCGCAGCACCACCAUCACCACCAUCAGCCCCAGCAGCCGGGCUCUGCCGCUGCGGCGGCGGCCGCGGCAGCAGCGGCGGCGGCCGCGGCGGCCUUGGGACACCCUCAGCACCACGCACCUGUCUGCGCUGCCACCACCUACAACGUGGGGGACCCGCGGAGAUUCCACUGCCUCACCAUGGGGGGCUCGGACGCCAGCCAGGUACCCAAUGGCAAGAGGGUGAGGACGGCGUUCACCAGCACGCAGCUCCUGGAGCUGGAGCGGGAAUUCUCUUCCAACAUGUACCUGUCUCGGCUCCGGAGGAUCGAGAUCGCGACAUACCUGAACCUGUCAGAGAAGCAGGUGAAAAUCUGGUUUCAGAACCGCCGGGUGAAGCAUAAGAAAGAAGGGAAGGGCACACAGAGGAACAGUCACGCGGGCUGCAAGUGUGUCGGCAGCCAGGCGCACUAUGCGCGCUCCGAGGAUGAGGACUCCUUGUCGCCGGCCUCGGCCAACGAUGACAAGGAGAUUUCUCCCUUAUGAGGGAGGGCUGCCUCCCUCUCACCACAUGCUCCU